AUGCCGCUCUGUCUCACCUUCAUCGACCCGAAGAAGGCCCUUGACUCAGUUGAGACGGAAGCGGUCGUGGAAGCCUUGGACAACCGAGGCGUCCCUACUCAGUACAUGAAGGUACUUCGAGAGUUGUACAGCAUCCUCGAGAACGCAAGGCGAAAGUUGGAAUGGGACGACAUGGGAGUGAAGAUUGACGGUCGGCAGUUACACCAUUUGCGCUUCGCUGAUAACAUCGUACUGAUAACACCCAGCAUCAGCCAAGCGGAACGAAUGCUGACCGAAUUUGACGAAACAUGUGGAUGCAUCGGUCUUUAG